GAGGCCAAGGAAGCUUGUGACUGGCUGCGGGCUGCCGGGUUCCCACAGUACGCGCAGCUUUAUGAAGAUCUCCUUUUUCCAAUUGACAUCGCUGUAGUCAAGCGAGAGCAUGACUUUCUGGACAGAGAUGCUAUUGAGGCGUUAUGCAGGCGCUUAAAUACUUUAAACAAAUGUGCAGUGAUGAAGCUGGAAAUCAGUCCUCACAGGAAAAGGAGUGAAGAUUCGGAUGAAGAUGAACCUUGUGCAAUAAGUGGCAAAUGGACUUUUCAGAGGGACAGCAAGAGGUGGUCAAGGCUUGAAGAGUUUGAUGUGUUCCCUCCAAAACCGGACUUGAAUACCCCCUCCCCAGAAGCUCCUCACCUUACUAACACGGCAAGCCGUGAGAGCGUGCUAACAGACCUCAGCGAACGCCAAGAGGUGGCUUCUAUUCUGAGCAUCAGCAGCACCAGCAGCCACCAGCCAACCCUGCAGAGCGAGGCAUCUACCACCAGGACCAACUCGGUCGUGAGCGUUUGUUCAUCCAGCAAUUUCGUAGCAAAUGAUGACUCAUUCAGCAGCCUCCCCUCGCCCAGGGAACUGAAUAGCUUCAGCUUCAACACGAAAGCCAAUGAGAAGAAUGCCAAGUCCAAAACAAAGAGCCUGCUUAAGAGAAUGGAGAGUCUGAAAAUCAAGAGCUCUCACCAUGGCAAGAGCAAAUCUCCUUCAAAGCUUGGCCUUAUUAUUAGCGGACCCAUCCUGCAGGAGGGCAUGGAUGAAGAUAAACUGAAACAACUUAACUGCGUGGAGAUUUCGGCCCUCAAUGGCAACCACAUCAGCCUCCCCAUGGUACGAAAGAGGAGCGUCUCCAAUUCCACCCAGACGAGCAGCAGCAGUAGUCAGUCUGAGACGAGCAGUGCCGUCAGCACACCCAGUCCCGUCACACGAACACGCAGCCUCAGUGCAUACAAUAAAAGGGUGGGCAUGUACCUGGAAGGCUUCGACCCCUUCAACCAGUCAACGUUCAGCGACGUGAUGGAACAGAACUUCAAGAACCGGGGAAGCUUUGCGGAAGACACCGUGUUUUUUAUCCCCGAAGAUCAUAAGCCCGGCACUUUUCCCAAAGCACUCUCCAACGGCAACUUCUCCCCCACAGAAAGCAAUGCCUCUGUGAACUGGAGGACAGGGAGUUUCCACGGACAUGGCCAUCUUACCCUCCGGAGGGAAAACAGUGGCGACAGCUCCAAAGAGCUGGGCACGGGGAAAAGGCGCAACUCCUCCAGCUCAGUGAGCAGCCGCCUGAGUAUUUAUGACAACGUGCCAGGCUCGAUCCUAUAUUCCAGUACAAGCGACCUGGCUGACCUCGAAAAUGAAGAUAUAUUCCCAGAACUAGACGAUAUCCUGUACCACGUCAAAGGGAUGCAGAGAAUAGUAAACCAGUGGUCAGAGAAGUUCUCGGACGAAGGGGACUCCGACUCGGCGCUUGACUCCAUCUCCCCAUGUCCUUCCUCUCCAAAGCAGAUCCACCUCGAUGUAGAUAACGAUCGAACAACACCGAGUGACCUUGACAGUACAGGGAAUUCCCUGAACGAGACGGAAGAGCCCACGGGGAUGCAGGACAGGAGGGACUCCGGGGUGGGCGCAUCGCUGACGCGGCCCAGCAGGCACAGGCUGAGGUGGCACAGCUUCCAGAGCUCUCACCGGCCCAGCCUCAGCUCGGCGUCGCUGCAGAUCAACUGCCAGUCCGUGGCACAGAUGAAUUUGCUACAGAAGUACUCUCUCCUGAAGCUGACGGCUCUCCUGGAGAAGUACACGCCUUCCAACAAGCAUGGUUUCAGCUGGGCAGUACCAAAAUUUAUGAAAAGGAUAAAGGUACCAGAUUACAAAGACCGAAACGUGUUUGGAGUACCACUGCAAGUCAACGUCCAGCGCACAGGGCAGCCUCUUCCGCAGAGCAUUCAGCAAGCCAUGCGGUACCUCCGCAACCACUGCCUGGAUCAGGUUGGACUGUUUAGGAAAUCUGGAGUCAAAUCAAGAAUUCAGGCCUUGCGUCAAAUGAAUGAGAAUUCAACAGACAGCGUCAACUACGAAGGCCAGUCUGCUUAUGAUGUAGCAGACAUGUUAAAGCAAUUCUUCCGUGAUCUCCCUGAGCCUCUCAUGACCAACAAACUCUCUGAGACCUUUUUACAGAUAUACCAAUAUGUGCCAAAGGAUCAGCGUCUCCAGGCCAUCAAGGCUGCCAUUAUGCUUUUACCUGAUGAGAACAGGGAGGUCCUCCAGAUUCUUCUCUAUUUCCUGAGUGACGUCACAGCUGCAGUGAAGGAAAACCAGAUGACACCAACAAACCUGGCUGUCUGCUUAGCACCUUCCCUCUUCCACUUAAACACUCUCAAAAGAGAGAAUUCUUCCCCAAGGGUGAUGCAAAGAAAGCCAAGCCUGGGAAAACCCGAUCAGAAAGACCUAAAUGAAAAUCUAGCUGCAACCCAAGGACUAGCUCACAUGAUCGCUGAAUGCAAGAAGCUCUUUCAGAUACCUGAAGAAAUGAGCAGGGGCCGGAACUCGUACACGGAGCAGGACCUGCGUCCCCUCAGCCUGGAGGAGCUCCGGGGGGGGAGCAGCACCGCCGAGCCCUCCGACUACCACUGCUACCUCCAGGACUGCGUGGAUGACUUACUCAAAGAGAUGAAGGAGAAGUUUAAAGGCUGGGUCAGCUGCUCCACCUCAGAGCAAGCAGAACUGGCCUACAAGAAGGUAUGCGAAGGUCCCCCACUCCGGUUAUGGAAAACUACCAUUGAAAUCCCGGCUACGCCAGAGGACGUUUUAAAUCGUUUACUUAAAGAGCAGCAUCUUUGGGAUGAAGAUCUUAUAGAUUCAAAAGUAAUCGAACCUUUGGAUAGCCAGACAGAUAUAUACCAGUAUGUCCAGAACAGCAUGGCACCUCACCCAGCCAGGGACUUCGUAGUCUUAAGAACAUGGAGGACAAAUUUCCCCAAAGGAGCUUGUGUGCUUCUAGCAACCUCGGUGGACCAUGACCGUGCUCCAGUGGCAGGUGUUAGAGUCAAUGUGCUCCUGUCUAGGUAUCUGAUUGAGCCCUGCGGGUCAGGAAAAUCUAAACUUACCUACAUGUGCAGAAUUGAUUUAAGGGGCCACACACCAGACUGGUACACCAAGUCUUUUGGACACUUGUGUGCAUCUGAAGUUGUUAAGAUACGAGACUCUUUCAGUCAUCAGAGUCUUGAGAGCAAGGAAGUAAAAUCCAGGUGACUACUGAAGAGGAACAGCCAUGCACUCCACACCUCAACAACAAAGACGUUACCCAAAACUGAGGCUCAUCCACUGCAGACCAGACUAGUGUACCAUCUGCAAGUCAUGUCAUGAAGGGAUGACAGCAUGAGAACUUGACUGUGAGCAUUAUUAUAGGACUGUGGCCAUACCAUACACUUUAAAGCUGCUUCCUGUCUGUGUAAGGUCUAUAGUGUAGGCCUUGACUGGAAUACAUAGGAGGACUGUGCAAAAA